AUGGAUAACCAAUUCUUAAUUGAUUUCUUAAUGGGUGGUGUUUCCGCCGCUGUCUCCAAGACUGCCGCUGCUCCAAUUGAAAGAGUUAAAUUAUUAAUUCAAAAUCAAGAUGAAAUGAUGAAACAAGGUCGUUUAUCAAGAAAAUAUGAUGGUAUUGCUGAAUGUUUCAGAAGAACUGCUGCUGAAGAAGGUAUCACUUCAUUCUGGAGAGGUAACACUGCCAAUGUUAUCAGAUAUUUCCCAACCCAAGCUUUAAAUUUUGCUUUUAAAGAUAAAUUUAAGAAAAUGUUUGGUUUCAAUAAAGAUGCCAACUAUUGGCAAUGGUUUGCUGGUAACUUAGCUUCAGGUGGUAUGGCUGGUGCCACUUCUUUAGCUUUUGUUUACUCUUUAGAUUAUGCUAGAACUAGAUUAGCUAAUGAUGCUAAAUCUGCUACUGGUGGUGAAAGACAAUUUAAUGGUUUAUUUGAUGUUUAUAAAAAGACUUUAGCUUCUGAUGGUAUUGCUGGUUUAUACAGAGGUUUCGGUCCAUCUGUUAUUGGUAUUGUUGUUUACAGAGGUUUAUAUUUUGGUUUAUAUGAUUCCUUAAAACCUGUUGUUUUAGUUGGUCCAUUAGAAGGUUCUUUCUUAGCUUCUUUCUUAUUAGGUUGGGCUGUUACUACUGGUGCUUCUACUGCUUCUUAUCCAUUAGAUACUGUUAGAAGAAGAAUGAUGAUGACUUCUGGUCAAGCUGUUAAAUAUGAUGGUGCUUUUGAUUGUUUCAGAAAGGUUGUUGCUGCUGAAGGUGUUAAAUCAUUAUUUAAAGGUUGUGGUGCCAAUAUCUUAAGAGGUGUUGCUGGUGCCGGUGUUAUUUCCUUAUAUGAUCAAUUACAAGUUAUUGUUUUCGGUAAGAAAUUUAAAUAA